AUGACACAGACGGUGCCUCCGGCGCUGAGCCAAGGCUAUGGCUAUGGCAUCAUCCUUGGUGUUGGCUUUGCCUUUGCCAUCUUCAUGAUUUCCCUCACGCACAUCCUCAAGCGAUACAAUAAUGAAGUCGUCACCUCGGAAAUGUUCACGACGGCCGGCCGCACCAUGAAGUCGGGUCUCGUCGCCUCGGCCGUCGUCUCCUCCUGGACCUGGGCGGCCACUCUCCUGCAGAGCUCCGGCGUCUGCUACCGCUACGGCGUGUCCGGUCCCUUUUGGUACGCCUCGGGCGCGACGGUGCAGAUCCUGCUCUUCGCGACGCUGGCCAUUACGCUCAAGCGGCGCGCGCCCAACGCCCACACCUUCCUCGAGGCCGUCAAGGCGCGCUACGGCACGGCGACGCACUUUGUCUUUAUCCUCUACGGCGUCAUGACAAACGUCCUCGUGUCGCUGAUGCUCAUUGCCGGCGGCGCGGCCACCAUCAACGCGCUGACGGGCGUGAGCGCCGUCGCCGCCAUCUUCCUCAUGCCCAUCCCCGUCGUGGCGUAUACCUUUAUCGGCGGUCUCAAGGCGACCUUUAUCACGGAUUACAUUCAUGGUCUUGCCGUGCUCAUUAUCAUCAUCACAUUCUCCCUGACGGCGUACGCCACAUCGGACGUCCUGGGCAGCCCCUCGGUAGUGUACGACUUGCUCGUCAAGGCCGCCGAGGCUCACCCUGUCGCGGGCAACGAGGGCGGAAGCUACCUGACCAUGCGUUCGUCUGGCGGCGUCACAUUCUUCAUCAUCAACAUUGUUGGCAACUUUGGCACCGUCUUCCUGGAUAACGGCUACUUUAACAAGGCCAUUGCUGCCCACCCGGCUCACGCCCUGCCUGGCUACAUCAUUGGUGGUCUCGCAUGGCUGCCGAUUCCGCUCGUGACGGCCACGACUCUUGGUCUCUCUGCGCUGGCUCUCGAGUCAAGUCCUCGUUUCCCAACGUUCCCGAAUCGCAUGAGCGAAGCUGAUGUCUCUGCUGGCCUGGCCCUGCCGUAUGCGGCCGUGGCUUUGCUCGGCAAGGGCGGUGCUGCUGCCACGCUGGUCAUGAUCUUCCUCGCCGUGACUUCAUCCUUCAACUCUGAGCUUGUCGCCACAUCCUCCAUCUUCACCUACGAUAUUUAUCGCACCUACUUCCGUCCCAAUGCCGGCGGUAAGAGUCUGAUUUGGAUUUCGCACAUGUGCAUGGUCGUCUAUGCUCUCAUUAUUUGCUGCAUCUCGGUGGGCCUUUGGUUCAAUGGCAUCUCCAUGGGCUACUUGUAUCUGCUCAUGGGUGUCCUCAUUUCUGCUGCCGUUAUUCCAGCCACCCUUACUCUGCUCUGGGAUGGCCAGAACAAAUGGGCGGCCAUGCUUUCCCCCGUUUUCGGAACGGCAUGUGCCAUCACGGCCUGGCUCGUCACAUCCAAAAAGUCGUGCGGCACCCUCACGGUCGAGUGUACCGGCUCCAACACUCCGAUGCUGGCAGGCAAUGUCACGGCGCUGUUUGCACCACUGCUUUGCAUCUCAGUUUGCACCAUCAUAUUUGGCUUCGAUAAGUAUAACUGGAAGUCAAUGGGCCUUAUUCGACAAGCCGAUGACCAUGAGAUGAUUGUGGAAUCUGGACUGGACGAGGAGGCGCAGAGAGAAGCAGAGCACCGAGUCAGACUCAGCCAAGAGGAAGAAGAGCAGAAGCUAUCUCGCGCUUUCAAGAUCUCAGUCACUGUCACUGCCAUAUUGGCCGUUUCGCUGCUGGUUCUUUGGCCCAUGCCAAUGUAUGGAUCUCGAUACAUAUUUUCGAAGUCAUUCUUCACUGGCUGGGUAUCUGUUGGCAUUGCUUGGAUUUUCCUCUCGCUGCUUGCCGUCGGCGUGUACCCGGCGUGGGAAAGCAGAGAGACGCUUAUCAAAGUGACAACCAUGAUGCUGCGAGGAGGCCGUCUGCCAAAGCGACAGGUUAUCGAUGGCGAAGCAGUCAAGGUAGAGGAAAGCAGUGGAUCAGCGACACCGGUGCAAGUAGAUUCUAUGGCGAAAAAAUAA